GGCUUACUAAUGUAUAUGUGUAUAUAUAUAAGUAGAAAAAAAGGUUGAGUGGAAGUCACGCCUUUCAUAUUAGUUCGUUGCUCACGAGACACAAACAAACAAUCGGAAAUUUCCGGUGAAAAGUCGCCGGAAUCUGAGAUCCCUUGCCGGCAACGGCGAUGAAAAGCAUGAUGAACAAUGGAACUAAGAAGAGCUCGAAAAUCGGAAAAACAGAGAUUUCUGAAUCGGGAAUAUUGAAGGAGAAGAAGAUGAAUAGUUAUAAGGAGGAGGAGAAGAAGUUCAAGCGUAGAUUGAUGAAAUUCGAAGAAUUACCUGUGUAUCUUCAGGAUAAUGAGUUCAUCAGAGACUAUUAUCGUUGUGAAUGGCCUCUUAAGGAGGUAGCUCUUAGCGUCUUCUCUUGGCAUAAUGAGACUCUCAAUAUUUGGACGCAUUUGGUAGGUUUUGUGGUGUUUGUGACGUUGACGGUAACGAGCUUGAUGGAGAAGACGGCAAUGGAGACUCUGCUAGCUGGUUUCUCCAGACCGGCGGGAAUGGGACCGUGGCCGACCAUGAAGAGCAAUGGCUCAGCUGAUUCUUUUCCGGAUUCUUAUACUAGUCACAUCUCAAACCCCUCAUUUCUAGGUGCAUAUGGAGAUGGUUAUGAAGUUGCCAUAUGGCCUUGGUUUGUUUUCUUAGGAGGGGCUAUGAUCUGUUUGGUCUUCAGCUCUGUCUCUCACCUAUUUGCUUGCCACUCCCAUAAAUUUACCCUCUUCUUCUGGCGUCUCGAUUACUCUGGGAUUUCUAUCAUGAUCAUCUGUUCUUUCUUCGCUCCUGUAUAUUACACUUUCUGUUGUCAGCCAUACUGGUGUCUCCUUUACCUAUCCUCCAUUACUAUAGUCGGUAUCCUUGUCAUUUUCACUCUUUUUGCCCCGGCUCUCACCUCUGGUAAGUUUAGAUCAUUCAGGGCUGUUCUGUUCCUUGCUAUGGGUUUCUCAGGUGUGAUUCCAGCAGCACAUGCUGUUUCCCUCUACUUUCAUCACCCACAAGUACUCGUGGCUCUAGUCUACGAGAUCACCAUGGGCCUUUUAUAUGCUGCUGGAGCAGUGUUCUACGUUACAAGGUUUCCAGAGAGAUGGAAACCUGGUACAUUUGACCUUGUUGGACAGAGCCAUCAAAUCUUCCAUGUACUCGUCGUUGCAGCUGCCCUCUCACAUAGCAUAGCAACUCUGGUUAUUAUGGACUGGCGUCGAGGAUUGCCACCAUGCAAUGCAGGUAUUCUUGGAUAGACUAUAGUAAAUCUACAAAAGUGCAAAUAGCAUUAUUCCCAACUCAUAAACUUCAUUACUCUUAGCUCCUAACACAAAAAGGACUCAGGAAGUUAUCCUUACUAGUUAUGUUAGUAAUAGUUUACUAUGCAUCAAUAAAAUUGAUAGUUCUCAUA